AUGAAGGAUUUCAACUCUCCUAUCAAGCGCAAGCUUAUGCCACUACCGCAAGUUGAGAAAAUAAAACUGGAAAUAGCUGAAAAAGAGAAAGAUCCUAAACUUCAAAAGUUUAUUCAGUACUCAUUAGAGAAGGAGAAAAGACUUCAAUUAAACAAGCUGAAUAUCAGGAGAGCUCAUGCAGCCUACAGAAAGACACAGAUAGAAUUAGCUUCCCUCCCUGUGCCAAAUGAACCACCGUUCCUGCCAACUUUCAUGGUUAGUGAAGAAAUGAGGCUGGCUAAAAACUUUAAAAUUAUGAAGUCGUAUGUUGAAAGCAGCGUAAUACCUCAAAUCCAGGACAGCUGGCUUCAAAAUAUUUUGGCCAAAAUUCCAAAGCGUCUUAAAACGGGAAGGGAAGAAGAACUAAAUGGUGUUUUGCUUGAAGUUAGAGAAAAUUUCCUGGAAAGCUUGAAGAAAUCUUUGGCCAGACAGACAUUAAAGAAGCCAAACUUACCUCAGCUUUCAGAUGACGACUUAUCCCUGCCACCUGAAGGACCGAAAAUUCCAGUUUUUUCAGAGUCAUGGCAUUCAGACUAUUUAAUGCAGAAAAAAGAGCUAGUCCCUCAGCUUAUGAUAACGUAUCCUCAUAUGCAGAAGAUCUUGGGACUUUGUUAUCAGUAUCUGCAUAACACAGAACUGACCAGUAUUCCUAAAUACAGGGAGCUGGGAGCAAUUGAUUUCGGAGAUCUAAGAAUAAGAGUCAAACAAGAAGUUGAAUCUAAGUGCGAGCAUUUGAUGCAGAAAUGGUAUCCAAAAGUUAUUCAGUUGUUUGUGGAUAGAAAUUCAAUACCGAGUAUGAAACCUUCUGCUCUUGAAUCAUUUUACAGAAGCGUAUCUACUUUACUAUCUAUUCAGCUCAAACAAUUUUUACAAAGGAACUUAUUAGAAUGGGUUGAUACAUUUGAAGAAGACCAUAAGGAGCGGCUUCCAGUCUUGAAAAUGUAUCUAACUUAUGAGGACCAGAAGGUUCUUUUCUAUCCUAGCUUCGAAGAUCUUGAAGAAUUGAUAUUUUUCAUUACUGGACAGAUUUGUGAAUCCCUCCAAAGUAUUCAAACAGUUGAAAGUUGGUUAAAUUCGCUUUCAGUCCCAGUGUUUAUUGAUGCUAAAGUUCCAUUCGAUGUACAUGGAGCAUGUAGACGAAAACUUCAAGAAGCUGUAAAACUUUAUUUUGAAACACCUUAUCAGUAUUUUGUCAAAGUAAUCGUUGAACCGUAUUCAUUUAUAUUUGAUGGUGGAGAAGCAAGAAAGGUGGAAGAAUUUCUCAGAAGUGGUAAACAAUUUGAACACUACUGUGAGUACAUAGCUAAACUGCAUGAUUUAGCAAACGAAGUUAUGACAUUACCGAAUGCAGAAUACUUCGAUUUAAUUCGACUUGACUGCGAAGAUGUUAAAGUUGGUCUGUCCAAGGAAUGUCAUCGUUUAGCCAAUUUACUGUUAGAUCGUGUAGUUUCUGACUUCAGACAAAACAAUGACGAGAUUUGUGAAGCUUUUGAAGAAAUGCGUGAUCGUUGUCGUGCAAUCCCACAAAAUAGUGAAGAAUUAAUCGAUAUGAUUCAGUAUAUGGAAGAAGCAAGAUGUCAAGGAAUGAUUCGUAUGACAGAGAAAAUAUCUCUAACCAUGGAAUAUCUGGACUAUCUACUUGAUGUCUAUUUGUUCAGUCCAGAAGAUAUUGCAAAAAAUAGUGCAGUAUUAACUUGGAAGACCCGAAUCUAUCCUGAAUUCGAUGCAAAUGAUAAGCUUCAAGAACGAAUGCGUACUGUUGCUGAAGCGGCUGUUGUAGCUAGACGUGAAAAAUUAGUCACUGAAAUAAAUCGAUUGAAAAAUCGUGUUGACGAAUUUAAUGAUUAUGGAGAAAUGGAUACUGAAAUGCAAACUCAAUAUGUUCAAGAUGUUCGAGCAGUUUUAAAGCGUCUUCAAGAUGCUGAAAACGAAAAAAUAUGGAUUAAUAAAGAAGAAGAUCUAUACAAGCUUACAAUUAGUAAUUAUCCUGAACUAGAAGAGAUACGUAAUCUGACAGAGCCAUUCCAUAGAUUGUUUACAACUGUGGUUAAAUACUGUAAAUCAGAGAGACGCUGGUUACAUGGUGAAUUUGAUAAAUUAAACGCUGAAGCAAUAGAAGCUGAAGUUGAAGAUUACUGGCGCGAAAUAUUUAAACUUCAAAAAAUAUUCACCGCAAGAGUUAAAAAGAUGCGUAUGGAAUUGGAUGCCCGGCGAAAAUCUCGUAGAAAACGAAGACGUUUGCAAAGUGUUGACAUAGCCACCGGUGAGGGUGCUGCUGCUGCUGCUGAAGGUGAAGCCAAAGAAGAUGGUCUUCUACCUGAACAAGAAGAAGAAGAGACAGAAGAUGUUAGACCACCUGCAGCCUUAGAUAUCAUAAAAAGUAUUCAGGAACAAAUCAAAAAUUUCAAGGAAACCAUACCAGUUAUUGCAGUCCUGUGCAAUCCAGGCAUACGAAAAAGACAUUGGGAUGCAAUGUCUGAGAUAGCUGGUAGAGAUCUUACACCAGACAGUGGAACAUCACUAGCUAAAAUACUACAAAUGAAUUUAGAUCCAUAUAUGGAAGAAUUUGCUGGUAUUUCAACUGGUGCUAGCAAAGAGUUUACUUUAGAAACAAAUAUGAAUAAAAUGCGUGAUGAUUGGACUGAAAUAUCAUUUGGUUUAAUUCCCUAUCGUGAAUCUGGUAUAUUUAUACUUGCUUCUGUGGAUGAUACACAACAAAUGUUAGAUGAUCAAAUUGUUAAGACACAGACAAUGCGUGGAUCCCCAUUCAUUAAACCAUUUGAAGUGGAAAUCAAGGCAUGGGAGGAACGCUUAUUGCAUAUACAAGAAACAAUAGAUGAAUGGUUGAAGAUGCAAGCCCAAUGGUUAUAUCUUGAGCCAAUAUUUAGUUCAGAAGAUAUUAUGCAACAAAUGCCAGAAGAAGGACGUCUAUUUCAAGUUGUUAAUCGUAAUUUCAAAGAUAUUAUGAAGAAUACAGUUAAAGAUCCUAAUGUUUUGAAGGCAACUGAUUUCCCUGGAAUUCUAGAGAAAAUCAAAGACAGCAAUGCAUUACUCGAUAAAAUUAAUAAAGGCUUGAAUGCAUACCUAGAGAAAAAACGUUUAUAUUUUGCACGAUUCUUUUUCCUAUCAAAUGAUGAAAUGUUAGAGAUUUUAUCAGAAACUAAAGAUCCACUUCGUGUACAACCACAUUUGAAAAAGUGUUUUGAAGGUAUUGCUAAACUGGAAUUUGACAAUCGUUUGGAUAUUAAAGCAAUGUUUUCAAGUGAAGGUGAAAAGGUUCAACUGAGUCAGCCUAUAAGUACAUCAGAAGCACGUGGUGCAGUAGAGAAAUGGUUGCUACAAGUGGAAAAAGUGAUGGUAAUGUCAGUUAGAGAUGUGAUAGCAGCGGCUAGAGAGGCCUAUGGUGAUGAAAGACGUGAUUUAUGGGUUUGUCACUGGCCUGGACAAGUUGUAUUGUGUGUUUCACAAAUCUAUUGGACAUUAGAAGUACACGAAUCACUUAGUUAUGGUGUAAAAGGUUUAGAAAAUUAUCAUGAAAAACUUGAUGAACAAAUGGCUGAUAUUGUAAGAUUAGUACGUGGAAAGCUGAAUGCUCAACAGCGUAUUACACUUGGUGCUCUGGUUGUUAUUGAUGUACACGCGCGGGAUGUUGUACAAGAAAUGAUUAAAUUAGGCGUUACAUCAGAAAAUGAUUUCAAUUGGUUAUCACAAUUAAGAUAUUAUUGGGAAAAUGAAAAUGUUCAGGUUAAGCUUACAAAUGCUAAAGUAGCCUAUGCUUAUGAAUAUUUGGGCAAUUCACCGCGUCUUGUCAUCACUCCACUGACAGAUCGAUGUUAUCGAACAUUAAUUGGUGCUUAUCAUUUGAAUUUAAAUGGUGCACCGGAAGGACCAGCUGGAACAGGGAAAACAGAGACAACAAAAGAUUUGGCUAAAGCUAUCGCUGUUCAAUGUGUAGUCUUCAAUUGUUCAGAUGGUUUGGAUUAUAUUGCUAUGGGUAAAUUUUUCAAAGGACUUGCAUCUUCUGGUGCAUGGGCUUGUUUUGAUGAAUUCAAUCGUAUUGAACUAGAAGUUUUAUCCGUUGUCGCCCAACAGAUUCUCUGUAUUAUACGUGCUAUUCAAGCACAUCUAGAAGUGUUUGUAUUUGAAGGCACUGAAUUGAAUUUGAAUCCCAAUUGUUACGUAUGCAUUACAAUGAAUCCUGGGUAUGCUGGUCGAUCUGAAUUACCAGACAACUUAAAAGUUCUAUUUCGUCCAGUAGCUAUGAUGGUACCAGAUUAUGCAAUGAUUGGAGAAAUCUCAUUAUACUCAUAUGGUUUUAUGGAUGCGCGUAGUUUAUCUGUGAAAAUUGUAACCACCUAUCGUUUAUGCUCAGAACAACUUUCAUCACAAGCUCACUAUGAUUAUGGUAUGCGUGCAGUGAAAGCUGUUCUACAAGCUGCUGGUAAUCUAAAGCUAAAGUAUCCAAAUGAAGAUGAAAAUAUUAUUCUUCUACGAUCAAUUAUUGAUGUGAAUUUACCAAAAUUUUUAUCACAUGACAUUCCACUGUUUCGUGGUAUUAUCUCAGAUCUCUUUCCUGGCAUUGUAUUACCUGAAGCAGAUUAUAGUAUCUUCUUAGCUGAAGUGCAUAAAGUGUGCCAAGAAAGAAAUAUACAAUCUGUUAAAUUUUUCACUGAGAAAAUUAUACAAACCUAUGAAAUGAUGAUUGUACGACAUGGAUUUAUGCUCGUCGGUGAACCAUUUGGAUCUAAAACGACUGUACUGCACACGUUGGCCACAGUAAUGACACGUUUAAAUGAAAGUGGACAUGACGAAUAUGAAAAAGUUAUUUACAGAACGAUUAAUCCUAAGGCGAUAACUAUGGGACAGUUGUUUGGUGAAUUCGAUCCCGUUUCUCAUGAAUGGACUGAUGGUGUAACAGCGAAUACAUUUCGUGAAUUCGCAUCGACUGAUACACCAGAUAGAAAAUGGGUGAUAUUCGAUGGACCGAUUGAUACGUUAUGGAUUGAAAGUAUGAAUACUGUAUUAGAUGAUAAUAAAAAAUUAUGUUUAAUGUCUGGAGAAAUUAUUCAAAUGUCUCGUGUAAUGAGUUUAAUAUUUGAAACAAUGGAUUUAUCUCAAGCCUCUCCAGCUACAGUAUCACGUUGUGGUAUGAUAUACAUGGAACCUUUAUCAUUAGGUUGGCGUCCAAUUGCUCGUUCAUGGAUGAAUCGUUUACCGGCUUCACUGACAGCUGGUGAUGGUAAAGUUAUUAUCAAUGAAAUGCUUGAAUGGACAAUUGAUCCAUGCUUAGAAUUUGUGCAAACUGAAUGUCGUACUAUGGUGUCUGUACGUCAAGCUAAUUUAGUUACAUCAUGUUUAGGAUUUGUUGAUAUGCUUAUUGAAGAUAUAGCCAAUGAAGAGGAUGCCUGUGAUAAUCGUUAUCUACGAUUAUGGUUACAAGCCGCUAUUGUAUUCAGUCUUAUAUGGGGUAUUGCUGGUUGUCUGGAUUAUAAUAGUCGAAAGAAAUUUGAUCGUUUUCUAAGAAAUCUAAUGGCUGGUACUAAUGAAAAUCAUCCUUUACCAAAACAAUUGGGUCAACGACUGGAGUUUCCAUUUCCAGAGUCUGGUCUUGUCUAUGAUUUUUACUACAAGAUGAAAAGUCGUGGAUCAUGGAAACACUGGAAUGAUAAGAAUAGAGCAAAUGAAAAUUUUUCUGAUAGAAAAAUUCGUGAAAUUAUUGUACCAACAAUGGAUACAGCACGUUAUAAAUUCUUUGUUGAUUUAUGCAUAUUAAAACGUCGUCCACUGCUGUAUGUUGGACCAACGGGGACUGGAAAAUCAGUUUAUGUUCAAGAAAAGUUAAUGCGAGAAAUUGAUAAAGAAAAAUAUGUUGCCUAUUUUAUUAAUUUCUCUGCUCAAACUAGUGCAAAUCAAACUCAGUUUAUUGUUAUGUCAAAGAUCGAUAGAAGACGUAAAGGGAUUUAUGGUCCACCAAUGGGUAAAACAGCUAUUCUCUUCGUAGAUGAUUUAAAUAUGCCAACUAAAGAAAUCUAUGGAGCUCAACCACCAGUAGAAUUAUUGAGAAUGCUGAUUGAUCAUGGUUAUUGGUAUGAUCUGAAAGAUACUACUAAGCUGACAUUACAAGAUAUUCACUUGAUUGGAGCUAUGGGACCUCCAGGUGGUGGCCGCAAUGAUGUAACACAACGGUUUAUGCGACAUUUUCAUGUGAUCAGUAUGACACCAUUCAGUGAUGAAACUAUGACGAAAAUAUUCUCAACUCUAAUGAGUAUUUAUAUGCGGUCACAAGAAUUUAGUUCAGAAUACAUAACUAUUGGUCAGGUAAUUGUAGCAUCAACACUGGAGGUAUAUAAAGCUGCAAUCGAGAAUCUUUUGCCUACACCGGCUAAAUCUCAUUAUUUAUUUAAUUUAAGAGAUUUUAGUCGUGUUAUUCUGGGCGUGUGUUUAAUACAAAAAGAUCGUGUUGAAAGUAAACGAACAUUUUCACGUUUAUGGGCACAUGAAGUUAUGCGAGUCUUCUAUGAUCGUUUAACAGAUGAUACUGAUAGAACAUGGUUGUAUACCUUCAUACGAGGUUGUUUAGAGAAUAAUUUCAAAGAGAGAUUCGAUCAAUUAUUUGGUCAUCUGGCUACGAAGGAAGGGGAAACGAUUGAUGAAACACACUUAAGAGGUUACCUGAUGUUCGGAGAUUUCAUGGAUGUUGAUUCGCUACCCGAGGAUAGAGUUUAUGAAGAAAUUAAAGAUAUCAGCGAAAUGUAUCCUGUUGUAGAACGUUGUCUAGAUGAUUAUAAUAAUGCUAACAAGAAGAAAAUGUCUCUAGUUAUAUUUCGAUAUGUAUUGGAACAUUUGUCAAGAAUAUGCCGAAUUCUUCGUGUACCUGGUGGAAAUGCUUUACUUGUUGGUGUUGGUGGCUCUGGUCGUCAAUCACUUACCAGGCUGGCUUCAGCCAUGGCAGGGUAUACAGUAUUUCAACCGGAAAUAUCUAAGAAUUAUGGUAAAAAUGAAUGGCGUGAAGAUAUAAAGGCAUUAUUACGACGUGCUGGAGGAGAGGGUAAAAAUACUGUAUUCCUUAUGACCGACACUCAAAUCAAAGAAGAAAAUUUCUUGGAGGAUGUCGAUAACUUGCUCAACUCUGGUGAAGUGCCUAAUCUGUAUACAUCAGAAGAGAAAGCUGAAUUAAUGGAUAUCAUACAGAAUUGUUUAGAGGCGUCGGGGCAAAGUAAAUCAGCUGACCUAUCACCUUUAGCAUUGUAUGCGCUAUUUGUGGAUAGAUGUCGUGAGAAAUUACAUGUUGUUAUGGCUUUUUCACCGAUAGGUGAAGCGUUCAGAAAUCGUUUAAGACAAUUUCCGGCUUUGAUCAACUGUUGUACAAUUGAUUGGUUCCAGCCAUGGCCUGAAGAUGGUUUGAUCCGAGUUGCUAACAGAGCACUUCAAAAUUUAGAUAUGGAAGAUAAUGUUCGUGAAUCUACUGUUCAUUUAUUCAAAUAUUUUCACACGUCUAUUGUACCAUUAUCAGAGAAAUUUUUAAGAAAUUUAGGUCGAAAAACCUAUGUCACACCUACUUCAUAUUUAGAAUUAAUAGACAGUUUUAAAAGACUUUUAACUCAAAAACAAAAUGAAACCAGUAGAGCUAGAAUGCGUUAUGUAAAUGGUUUGGAUAAAUUGGCGUUCGCUUCUGAACAGGUUGCUGACAUGCAAAUCAAACUGGAAGAACUACAACCUCAGCUUGUAUUGGCUAGUGAAGAGAAUGAAAAACUUCUCACCGUUAUAGCUACUGAAUCAGUUGCAGUGGAAGAACAACGUGUAAAAGUUAAAGCUGAAGAGGAAAUUGUUAAUCAGAAGGCCGACGCAUCAAAAGCCUUGAGUGAAGAAUGUCGAGCUGAUCUGGCUGAAGCUCAGCCUGCAUUAGAAGCUGCUCUUUGCGCUCUGGACACAUUGAAACCAUCUGAUAUAACAAUUGUGAAAUCAAUGCAAAAUCCUCCACCAGGCGUUAAACUUGUCAUGGAAGCUGUUUGUGUUAUGCGUGAUAUUAAACCAGAUAAGGUGAAUGAUCCUUCAGGAUCUGGGAAAAAAAUCAAUGAUUACUGGGGACCUUCAAAGAAAUUAUUGGGAGAUUUAAAUUUUUUAACUUUACUAAAAGAGUAUGACAAAGACAAUAUUAAUCCAGCGAUAAUGCUACGUAUACGCAAAGAUUUCAUGACAAAUCCUGAAUUCGAUCCAGUUAAAGUAGCCCGUGCAAGUUCAGCUGCUGAAGGCUUAUGCAAAUGGAUAUUAGCAAUGGAACAAACUGGCAGAGAAUAUGGCAUUCUGAAAAAAACUCAAGCUGCAUUAGCUGAAGUUGAAGAAAAACUACAAAAUUUACAAAAUCAACUAGAAGCUACACAGAAUGAAAAACAGCGUUUAGAAGAUGAAGUACAAGAUUGUGCUACAAAAUUAGAAAGAGCAACAAAGCUGAUUGGUGGACUGGGUGGGGAAAAAGAUCGUUGGGCACAAGCAGCAGAUUAUCUUAAAAAGUUAUAUCAUAAUCUUACCGGCGAUGUGCUUAUAUCAGCUGGUAUCAUCGCCUAUUUAGGACCAUUUACAUUAAUUUAUAGAGAUGAGUGUAUUUCUGAUUGGAUUGUUGAGUGUAAAGCACAACAAAUCCCUUGUUCUGAACCUUUUACGCUAACUCAGUGUUUAGGUGAUCCUGUGAAAAUUCAACAAUGGAAUAUUAAUGGUUUACCACGUGAUGCCUUUUCAAUAGAUAAUAGUGUUAUUGUUGCAAACGCCAGACGGUGGCCAUUAAUGAUUGAUCCACAAGGACAGGCGAAUAAAUGGAUAAAAAAUAUGGAGAAAGAAUCUGGAAUACUUGUUGUCAAACUAACAGAUAGUGAUUUCAUUCGAAAUUUAGAAAAUGGCAUCCAAUUCGGUACUCCAAUACUACUAGAAAAUGUUGGUGAAGAUUUAGAUCCAAGUUUAGAGCCUCUACUAUUGAAACAAACAUUUAAACAAAGUGGUGUGGAAAUGAUUCGUUUGGGUGAAAAUAUUAUUGAGUAUUCAAAAGAUUUUCGUUUGUAUAUUACAACAAAACUGAGAAAUCCGCAUUAUUUGCCGGAGAUUGCAGUGAAAGUAUCACUUUUGAAUUUUAUGAUUACACUGGAGGGUUUAGAAGAUCAGUUAUUAGGUAUUGUUGUGGCUAAAGAGAAACCAGAAUUAGAAGAAGCACGUCAAGAAUUGAUUAUAACAACUGCAAAUAAUAGACGUAUGCUAAAGGAGACUGAAGAUAGAAUAUUAGCUACGCUAUCAGAAUCUGAGGGAAAUAUUUUAGAAAAUGAAGCUGCCAUUGAAAUACUGGAUUCAUCGAAAUUAAUUUCAGAUGAUAUUUUGAGAAAACAGAAGGUUGCUGAAGAAACACAAAUAAAAAUUGACGCUGCAAGAAUGGACUAUUCCCCCAUCGCUAAACACUCAGCUAUACUAUUCUUCUCGUUAACGGAUUUACCCAAUAUUGACCCGAUGUAUCAGUAUUCCUUAGCAUGGUUUGUUAAUCUCUAUGUGAAUUCUAUUCAUGACAGCAAUAAAUCAAAAAUUUUGGAAAGACGUUUACGUUAUCUAAAAGAUCAUUUUGAAUAUAAUCUUUAUACAAAUGUUUGUCGUUCAUUGUUUGAAAGGCAUAAAGUUUUAUUUUCAUUCGGUAUGAGUAUAAAUAUUGUCAAAUCUCGUGGAGAAUUAGAAAUGGAUGAAUUUCUGUUCUUCUUAACUGGUGGUGUUGGAUUAGAGAAUAAACUGGCGAAUCCAGCCGCCGGUUGGCUGUCCGAUAAAUCUUGGGAUGAAAUAUGUCGUAUGUCAUCCCUGAAAGCAUUUGCAACAUUUCGUGAACAUUUUACAACACAUUUAGCUGAAUGGAAACAGUAUUACGACAGUAAGGAACCACAAGAAGCUCAACUUCCUGAACCAUGGGAUAAAUUAGAUAUAUUCAAAACUUUGAUUAUUUUACGUUGUAUACGUCCAGAUAAGGUUGUUCCUGGUGUUAUGAAAUACGUUAGAGAAAAACUUGGUAGAAAAUUUGUUGAGCCACCACCAUUCGAUCUAGCUAGAUCAUAUCAAGAUUCAAGUUGUACCACGCCGUUAAUUUUUAUCCUUUCCCCUGGUGCUGAUCCAACUAUGGCAUUGUUGAAAUUUGCCACGGACAAAGGUUUUGGAGGUGCACGCUUUCAGUCAAUCAGUUUAGGUCAAGGUCAAGGGCCUAUAGCAGCUAAAAUGAUUACACAGGGUAAACAAGAUGGAUCAUGGGUUCUACUGCAAAAUUGUCAUUUGGCUGUAAGUUGGAUGACUGCGCUUGAAAAGAUUUGUGAAGAUAUGACUGUAGAAAAUACAAAUGCAACAUUUCGUUUAUGGCUAACAAGUUAUCCAUCUCCAAAGUUUCCAGUGACUGUUCUACAAAAUGGUAUAAAAAUGACAAAUGAACCACCUACAGGUUUAAGACAAAAUCUACUUCAGUCUUAUUUGAAUGAUCCUAUAUCUGAUCCAGAAUUCUUUGAAGGUUGUCCAGGAAAAGAGACUGUUUUUGAAAAAUUACUCUUUGGAUUGUGUUUCUUCCAUGCACUUGUACAAGAACGUAUUAAAUUUGGUCCUUUGGGAUGGAAUAUACCAUAUGGAUUUAAUGAAUCUGAUUUACGCAUAUCAGUUAGACAAUUACAAAUGUUUGUUAAUGAAUAUGAAAAAGUACCAUAUGAUGCUAUUCAGUAUAUGACAGGUGAAUGUAAUUAUGGUGGUCGAGUUACAGAUGAACGUGAUAGACGUUGUUUAAUGACAAUAUUACAUGAUUUCUUAUGUCAGAAUGUUGUCAGUGAUCUACGUUAUAAAUUUUCACCUAGUGGAUUGUACUAUGCACCACCUAAAAUGGAUUAUAAUGAAUAUUUAGAAUUUAUUAAAGGGUUACCAGCUACACAAAAUCCUGAAGUAUUUGGAAUGCAUGAAAAUGUUGAUAUAACCAGAGAAUUAAGUGAAACACGUAUCCUGUGCGAUUCAAUCUUAUUAACUGUUGGUCAGACAUCAGCAGAAGGCGGUGGAGUAAUUGAUUCACGAACAGACGAUAUAGCCUCGGAUAUAUUGAAUAAAUUACCAGAAGCAUAUGAUAUAUCUCAAGCUUAUCAAAAAUAUCCUGUCAAAUAUGAAGAAAGUAUGAAUACUGUUCUUGUACAAGAAAUGGAACGUUUCAAUAACUUAACAAACAUAAUCAAGUCAACAUUGAAUGAUUUACGCAAGGCGAUUAAAGGUCUUGCUAUCAUGUCAGAAAGCUUGGAGUCAUUAGCUGCAGCUUUGUCUAUUGGGAAGUUACCUGCCUUAUGGGCUCGUCGAUCGUAUCCAAGUUUGAAACCUCUUGGUUCUUAUGUAAAUGAUCUAAUAGAAAGACUGAAAUUCUUUCAGAAUUGGUUUAUUGAUGAUAAACCAGCAACUUAUUGGGUAUCUGGAUUCUUUUUCACACAAGCUUUCUUAACUGGCGUUCUACAGAAUUAUGCACGACGUACAAGAAUACCAAUUGAUCUAUUGACAUUUGACUUUGAAGUACUUGCUACACAGAAAGAAGAUAAACCACCAUCUGAUGGUGCUUAUAUUCAUGGAUUAUUUCUAGAUGGAUGCCGUUGGGACUAUGAUAGUAUGGAACUUGGUGAACAGUUUCCCAAGGUAUUAUAUGAACCAAUGCCGGUUAUUUGGUUGAAACCAAUCCUACGUGAAAAGCUUGAUGAAUUAUCCAUCAAAGUUAUUCGUUAUAAUUGUCCAGUUUAUAAAACAAGUGAACGUCGUGGGACACUUUCAACAACUGGACAUUCAACUAACUUUGUCCUGCCUAUAUUAUUGCCGACAAGUGUUGAUCCAAGUCAUUGGAUAAAACGUGGUGCUGCUCUACUUUGCCAGUUAGAUGACUAA